AUCAUUAAUUAUUAAUGUGCAUUUUUAUUUGCAACAUGCACCUUAAGAGCUAUGCACCUUUGCCACAGUUUUCUUGUGCAGUCCCUCAGAGGGUUACUAAGGAGAUGACGCUGCCGUGGUGCGCAACUGUGAAUAUUGUAAACUUUGGUUAAGACCAACUAUGCCCGACAGGAUUUUGUGUUGUAUGUGAUCAUUAUAAUAUACCUGGAGAAUAGAUGGAGACGCAUACAGUGGACUUAUCUAUCAGUUUUAAGCGGUAGGCCUGGAGUCCAUUUGAUUUUAUGCUUGUGACAAACGCGAAUAUAUUUGACAAGUUGAAGUAUUUUGGCUCAAACUCUCACAAAGAGGCCCGGAUGUCCCAUUUGCAGAGUGAUCUGCCCCUCGCCAGACUACCUAACCUCUAAGAUGUCCCAGUCCACUGUUACUGAGGAAGGAGGCACCUUCGAGCACCUGUGGAGCUCAUUGGAGCCGGACAGCACCUACUUUGAGCUCCCCCCUGGGACCCAGCCAGGUGAGCGCCCAGUGCCUUCUACCAGCACCCCGGGGAACCACCACAGCGCUGCUGAGGUCUCCAUGGACAUCUACCACAUGAGGGACAUGAAUGACAAUGUGAUGUCCCAGUACAACUUGCUGAGCAGCAGCAUGGAGAGCCUGGGGAGCCGUGCAACGUCCGCCAGCCCCUACAGCUCCGAGAACGCCUCCUCGUCGGCCGUGCCCACCCCCUCGCCCUACUCCCAGCCCAACUCCACCUUCGAGGGCCUGUCGCCUGCACCGGCCAUCCCCUCCAACACCGACUACCCCGGACCACACGCCUUCCAGGUGUCCUUCCAGCAAUCCAGCACCGCCAAGUCUGCCACAUGGACCUAUUCUCCGUUGCUGAAGAAGCUCUACUGUCAGAUUGCCAAGACCUGUCCAAUCCAGAUCAAGCUGUCCUCCUCUCCUCCACAUGGCAGCAUCAUCAGAGCCAUGCCCGUCUACAAGAAGGCGGAGCACGUCACAGAAGUGGUCAAACGCUGCCCCAACCACGAACUAGGACGAGACUUUAAUGAUGGCCAAGUAGCUCCAGCCAGUCACCUGAUCCGAGUGGAGGGGAAUAACCUCAGUCAAUAUGUGGAUGAUCCUGUCACAGGCCGGCAGAGUGUCUUCGUGCCCUAUGAGGCUCCACAGGUGGGGACCGAGUUUACCACCAUCCUGUAUAACUUCAUGUGCAACAGCAGCUGUGUGGGCGGCAUGAACAGGAGACCCAUCCUCAUCAUCAUUACUUUGGAAACCAGGGAUGGUCAAGUGUUGGGAAGAAGGUCAUUUGAAGGUCGGAUAUGUGCAUGUCCUGGCCGAGACCGCAAAGCAGAUGAGGACCACUUCAGGGAACAACAGGCCCUGAAUGACAAUGUGGCCAAAAAUGGCAGCGCCAACAAGCGCAACUUUAAACAGAGCCCACCAAAUAUUCCCAGCCCAAACAUUAACACGAGGAAGAGGCGGCAUGGAGAUGAGGAGAUUUACUAUAUUCCUGUUCGUGGUCGGGAGAACUUUGAGCUGCUGAUGAAGAUUAAAGACAGUUUGGAGCUCGUGGAGCUGGUGCCACAGCCACUGGUGGACUCCUACAGGCAACAAACACAACAGCAGCUGCUGCAGAGACCGAGCCACAUAGCAUCUCCCUCUUCUUACUCUCCACUGUCCAACAUGAAGCUUCAUACCCACGGAGGCCUCAGCAAAACACCCUCAGUCAACCAGCUGGUGGGGCAGCAGCCCCAGCAACACCCCACUGCCCCCACCACCAUGGCUCAUAUGGGUGAGCGUUUAUACAGCCCCAACAUGCUCAACAGCCACCACAUGCAGCCUAAUGGUGAUAUGAAUGGUGGCCACAGCAGUCAGACUAUAGUGUCUGCUUCCCACUGCAGCCCGCCCCCUCCGUAUAACCCUGACCCCAACCUUGUCAGUUUUCUAACCAGUCUGGGCUGUCAGAACUUCAUUGACUACUUCACCUCCCAAGGCCUCCAAACUAUCUACCAUCUCCAGACUCUCUCCAUGGAGGAUUUAGGUGCACUGAAGAUACCAGAGCAGUCCCGCAUCGCCAUCUGGCGAGGUCUGCAGGACAUGAAACAAGGUGCUUCCCUCCAACUGCCUGCUUCUUCUCAUCACCAUGACUAUCAUGGCCAACAGCUCCUACGCUCCAGCGGCAACAUGGCUGCCUCUGCGAUGGCAGCCAUUGGGGCUGCCGGCGGGGAACUGCAACGUCAGCGCGUCAUGGAGGCUGUGCACUUUCGUGUCCGCCACACAAUUACCAUUCCCAACAGGUCAGGUGUUGUUGGGGCGUCAGGGAUGGCAGCAGCUACUGAUGAGUGGACUGACUUUGGUUUCGACAUGCCUGACUGCAAGGUGUCACGUAACAAACACUCCAUCAAGGAGGAGUUCAUGGAAAGCGAUGUUCACUGAGCCCAAAAAGAAUCUAUGGACUGUUUUGCCAAUAUUAUUGUCAGCAACAGCCUAUUACAGAGUAGUACCAUGUGUAUAGGGUCUUUAAAUAUGCCUUUAGAUGUUGCUGUCAUAUUUCAGUCAGUGAUUUUGUAGAGAAUCAAGUUCCAUUUUGAAUGUGGGACAUUUUCAGUGUGUUAAUGCACAUUCCUGUGCAGUCUUUAUUUCAUGCUUGAACAGUUGUUCAACCCAGGAGAUUGAACAUGAAAUGACACAAAAGGACAUCUUAAGUCUACAUAGCAAAUACCACUGCAUUGUCAAGGCAAUGCUAAACACACAUGGUCUGGACAAUACUUUUUGGAACUCUGAUAAGUGUAUGUUAAAGGAGAGAAAUUUUAAUGAUUAACAGGAUGUUGUUUGUUUGCACUGUGCAAUAAAUCAUGCCAAUUCUUCUUUUACAGCAUCCGCUUACAUUCAUGGUGUAGCAAUUGCACAAUUGCACAAAUGUCACAAUCACUUCGCAACUUGCUAGUUUCAAUUUGUGUUUGGAUACACAAAAUUAGUUCUAAGCCGACGUAUUUAUUUUUCUUUCAGUUUCCCUUUACUUGUACAAAUGUAUAUAUUGUAUCUUGUAAAUGUUUUGGACUAGAUGUGGUUGAAAAGGGGCAUUUAGACUCAGAAUGGUGUAUCUGCUGUUUGAACCAAAUGCAUAGAAUUGAGUGGUAGAGAGAAGGCCCAGCCACAAGAACAUUAGUAAUGUAUAUUUUAAUGGUUAUGAUGCCCUUAUCAUUUCAUUGUUAAAAAAAUAUUUAAUGGGCUUUGGUAUUAAUGAUGUAUAUUCAUGAAAACUCCAAAUGGAAAUCAAAAUCAAUAUGUAAUAUCAAAAGUUAGACAUUGCAUCCACAGAUUUUUUGUUAAGUCCUAGAUAAUACUGUAUUGAUUCUUGUAUAAAAAGACAUUGCAAAACAGUUGAGAAACAAAAGGUCAAAAACAGUAUUAUAUCUUAAUAGCAGGGAUUUAAUCAGGAUUGUGAAUAGUAAAUUAAAAAUGGUAUCCCUGUUUAGCAAGAUACUAGACAAGUCAGUAGCAUUUUUGUCCUUCUUUGUGUAUUUUGAACAACCUUGCAGGGCAAGGUCCUCAUAUAUUGAUUAUAACUAGAUGUGUAACCUACCUAGUAUCUAUCUUUAUGGCACUUGUUUGUGGAUAUUUUGAUAGCAACAUUCCAGUUUAAUUUCAUUGCCAUCCAGCAUGAUUAACCAUGGUGCAAUUCUAGUAAUGGUGUCAAAAUUGUUUGUAGUAAGUACUUGACACUAAUUGGUACCUGACUUGCAGCCAUUUUCUCUUUAAAGGCCCUCUUACUUACAAACACACAUUUUCACCCACCAACUGGUCAAAGACAGAGCACUUUAAUGCUUUAAAAGUGAAAUAAUUUAGGGUUAUUUGUGCUUAUGAUCAGUAUUAUACAUUACCACAAUGUAAAUAGAAAUUGUGCUUUGUUUUGAUAUUCCUGGUAAGUUUUUUUUUUUUUUUAAGAUUAUUAAGAUGUGUACCUAUGCAACUAUUGCUGUUCAUCAAUGUUCAUUAGUUUCUGAGGUUGUUAAGUUCAGUGUUUUUCUUAUAAAUCAUGGAUAUUAAAAUAUUUGCCUUGUU